AUGGGGGUUAGUGUAGUUUUUGUUCAAGAGUAUGAUGUAUUUACUGAAGUUCUAUACUAUACAUAUACGCGACAUAUUGGUGUGUUCAUUCUCUUAAGCGUAAGGACUUUUUCCCUUCUGAUUUUCACACCAGGCACAGUUUCCUCGCAUGUCAAGAAGCAAUGCAAUUCUCUUCCUACAGUUAUUGUUAUCGGUGCUGGAAUAUCAGGGAUUGCUGCUGCACGUUGUCUGCAGGAUGCAUCGUUUAAGGUGACUGUGUUAGAGUCAAGGGAUAGGCUUGGUGGUCGAAUUUACACUGAUUACUCCUUUGGUUGUCCAGUAGAUAUGGGAGCCUCAUGGCUACAUGGUGUUUGCAAUGAGAAUCCCUUGGCUCCCCUGAUAUGUGGUUUAGGACUUUCAUUAUAUCGUACCAGUGGUGAUAAUUCUGUCUUAUAUGACCAUGAUUUGGAAAGCUGUAUACUUUUUAACAUUGAUGGUCAUCAAGUGCCUCAACACAUGGUGAUGGAAGUUGGAGACACUUUUAAGAGGAUUCUGGCAGAGACAGGGAAAGUGAGGGAUGAGCAUCCUGAUGACAUGCCAAUUCUCCAAGCAAUUUCAAUUGUGUUAAAUCGGCAUCCUGAACUACGGCAACAAGGACUAGCACAUGAAGUGUUGCAAUGGUAUAUAUGCAGAAUGGAAGCCUGGUUUGCUGCUGAUGCAGAUAUGAUAUCACUAAAAACCUGGGAUCAAGAGCAUGUUCUCACUGGUGGUCAUGGACUAAUGGUGCAAGGAUAUGAUCCUAUUGUAAAAGCUCUCGCAAAAGAUCUUGAUAUACGCUUGAACCACAGGGUGACCAAGAUAUCCUAUGGUUACAAUAAGGUAAUGGUCACAGUUGAGGAUGGAAGAAACUUUGUUGCUGAUGCUGCAAUUAUAACUGUUCCUAUUGGAGUUCUUAAGGCCAAUUUAAUUGAAUUUAUACCAAAGCUGCCUGAUUGGAAGGUUGAUGCAAUUAGAGAUGUUGGUAUGGGCAAUGAAAACAAGAUUGCCCUAAGAUUUGAUAGAGUGUUUUGGCCUAAUGUAGAAGUUCUGGGUAUUGUUGCACCCACCUCUUAUGCCUGUGGUUAUUUUCUCAAUCUCCAUAAAGCAACUGGGCAUCCAAUUCUUGUAUAUAUGGCAUCUGGCAGGUCAGCCUAUGACCUUGAGAUGCUAUCUGAUGAGUCAGCAGCAAAUUUUGCCAUGCAACAUCUCAUGAACAUGUUUCCUCGGGCUUCUAAGCCUGUUCAAUAUCUUGUGUCACGUUGGGGAACAGAUCCAAACUCUCUAGGCUGUUAUGCAUAUGAUUUAGUGGGGAAGCCAAAUGAUGUGUAUGACAGGCUCCGUGCACCAUUGGGUAAUCUAUUCUUUGGUGGGGAAGCUGUUAGCAUGGAUGAUCACCAGGGAUCUGUGCAUGGAGCAUUCUCUGCUGGGAUGAUGGCUGCUGAAAAUUGUCAUAGAUAUCUACAAGGCCACAUGCAAAUUCUUCCUCUAGUUCCAGUUGUUAGGCAUCAAAUACUUGGAACCACUAUACCUAUUCGAAUCUCUAGGAUCUGA